ACCGGCAGCAUGCAGCAAGAUGAGAUCACCUGGAGCAUUAUUAACAAACAGUUCUGCUCGUUUAAAGUGAAAACACAGACGCAAAACUUUUGCCGCAAUGAGUACAACCUGACCGGGUUCUGUUCGCGGCACUCCUGCCCAAUCGCCAACAGCCAGUACGCGACGGUGCGGGAAGAAAAUGGCAUCAUCUACCUGUACAUGAAGACAGCGGAACGGAAUGCGUUCCCGUCCAAGCACUGGGAAAAGGUGAAGCUGUCCCGGAACUUUGACAAAGCGGUGUACCAGAUCAAGGAGAAUCUGCUCUAUUGGGACCGGUGGGUGCAGACCAAGUGCAAGCAGCGUUUCGUCAAGAUUACGCAGUACCUGAUCCGGAUGCGUAAGCUGAAGCUGCGCCGACAGAAGAUGCUUGUACCGUUGGCGACGAAGGUCGAGCGGCGGGAACGGCGCCGGGAGGAGAAGGCCCUGGUGGCGGCCCGUAUCGAUAAUGCGAUCCAGAAGGAGCUGAUGGAGCGGUUAAAGAUGGGCAUGUACGAGGACAUUUACAAUUUCCCGCAAACGGCGUUCGAUCGAGCACUGGACGAAGAGGAGGUGGAGGAGGAGGAGAUGGAAGAGAUGGACGAGGAGGAGCGUGAGAUGGAGGAGGAGGAAGAGCAUCGGGAGAUGAAUAAGGUGAAGCAGGUGAGCGAAAGUAUGCGGCGCGAGCUAGAGAUGGCGGACGAGUUUGUCGAGGGCGAAACGGAUGACGAUGAGGAGGACGACGAAUCGGAUGCGGAUAGCAGGUCGGGCGAGCGGGUACGCACCGAGGUGGACAGUGAUUUCGAGUCGGACGACGGAUCGGAAAUGGAGGACUAUGUGCCGAACGUGUCCCUGCGGCCACCGAAAUCUGACGACGAGGAAACACCGUCCAAAUCUCUAGACGCACCGUCCGCGAAGAAGAAGGCGCGCAAAAUCCGCAAACCCAAGCUCGAGUUCGAGUAUGAAGUGGAAGCUGAACAACCGGUGCGGCGUAGCAUACAUCAGUGAGAUGCCGUACAGCAAUGGGGCGACGUUACGGUUUCUCAUACCGGCAGUGUUGCGCGGCAGUCAGAAAAAUGUCUGCCGCAUAACGCGCGUCUCGAUCAGCUCCGACUCGGUGUACUA